AGUAACAUUCCGGUUGGCUGUUGGUCAGCUUGUCUGUCACCUCUGGUUACACCCACUUCGUACGAGUCUUACGUCAAAUUGAUCAUAACCUUCAACUCCAAAUUAACCGCAAUUUAAAACAUUUAUCAAUAAUUUACUUCAAGAUGUUUGAUCAAGUGUUGUUUGAACAACGCCUCAACGACUUCAAACCCGAGCCCCUAAUCACCCCAAAUGAGGCCACCGACGACCCUCUGGAGAUCCCCAUGGUGCAGGAAAACCCCAACAACAUCGACUUAGCAAAAGUAAACUACUUAAACCUUCUCGACAAUGAAGAAAUUAAACAAGCGUCUGAGAGCAUAAUCAGGGAGUAUGGCGUCGGAACGUGCGGACCGCGCGCUUUUUAUGGCACCACCGAUGUUCACUUAGAGCUAGAGCAAGCCCUAGCGAAGUUUCUGCACAUGGAAGAAUCGAUUCUGUACUCCUACGGCUUCGUGGCCAUCUCGAGCUCAAUCGCCGCCUACUGCAAGAAAAACGACGUAAUUUUCAUCGACGAAAACGCCAAUUUCCCCAUUCAUCAAGGACUAACGGCCGCGCGCAGCAAAGUCGUUACUUUCGCACACAACGACCCCCAGGACUUCAAAAGAAAAGUCCAGGAAGUGCUAACCAAAGAGAAACGAAAAACCAAAAAAUACUUAAUUAUUGAAGGAGUGUCCUGGAGUACGGGCAAAUUGUGCCCUCUCCCCGAAUUUCUGGAAGUAGCUGAAGAGUUUCAAGUUAGAGUGUUUCUGGAAGAGAGUUACACUCUUGGGGUUUUUGGAGCGACAGGUCGUGGCUUGACUGAAUACUUUGAUAUUGACGUGAGCCGAGUUGAUAUGAUUAUUGCUACUCUGGAAGGGGCUUUGGGGUCGAUUGGGGGCUUCUGUGCCGGUACUAUGAGUAUCAUUGAACACCAGAGGCUGUCGGGGUCGGGGUAUAUCUUCUCGGCUUCGUUACCCACGUAUUUGGUGAAAGUUGUCUUGAAGGGGCUACAAUUAAUCGGGGAUAAGCCAGUCAAGUUUGCAGAGUUGGCUAAAACGUUUCAUGAUUUUUUACAAGGAGAGUGUGGGUUUAAUGUGGUGAGUCAUCCAGAAGCUCCGUUUAAGUUAGUCAGAGUUGAGUCAAAGAUAAGAGAGGGAGAGGUUUAUCAGUAUUGUAAAGAGAGAGGGGUUCAUUUUAUACAGAAUGAGAAUGGAUUGGUGAUUAAUUUAAAUUUGAAGUUGUUUGAUGAUAAGGAGAGAUUGGGACGGGUUUAUGAAGUAUUAAAGGAAGCAUCUGAUUUGAUAAAUUAACGUAGGUGAUUUUAUUUAUACUAAAGUAUUUUAAUUGAGUUGUUAAUUAUUUAAAGAUCGGCAAUAAAGUUUUAACGAGCGUUUUAUUAAGGUA